GCAACCGGUUGUCAUAGCGAUAGUUAAGAUGGCAGCGGCUGGAGACCAGCAUGCUGCCUCUGAGGUUUUGAGAGGUAUCAGCCGGCACUUAAACUGCUUGAACGAGGACAACAAGGCGACACGAAAGAGGGCUCUUGAGUCGAUAAGGAAGGAGACUGUGAAUAAAGGACUCCCCAGCGGCGUUUUACAGGAAGUAUUCUCUUCUCUGCUCAAGCCUCUCCUCAAGUGCCUGUCAGACCCAACGGAGAAAUGCAGAGAAACCACCAUUGCGAUCAUAACAGAGUUUAUUCGUUGUGUCCCCAAACCGGAGGAAGCAUUGCCCUAUCUCAUGCCCUGUCUGGGUCAGAGAUUCGGCGACAAAGAAAUCUUGGAGCCGUCGGAAGAGCUUCGGCUGUCGGCUGUGGAGUUGUUGACUCUGUUGGUGGAGGUGUGUGGUCAACAUUUAGCGCCUUAUCUCAACGAAACGAUCAACAUUCUGCAGAGAACCAUCGUUGACCCGUUUCCGGAUGUCAAAAAGGAAAGUUGCAGAUGCACUGUUGACUUUGCAAAGUCUGUGCCAGAACAUUUUCACAUGCAAGCUGAGAGUCUGGUAAAGCCUCUCAUGCAGACCAUAAGUCAUCAGCAUUCACGGGUCAGAGUUUCGGCCAUCGAAGCCACUGGAGCAGUCAUACAGCAUGGCAGCGGAAAAAACGUGGAUGAUGUGGUGUCACACCUCGCACAGAGACUAUUCGACGACUCACCGCAGGUGAGAAAAGCUGUGACUGCAGUUGUUGGUGACUGGCUUUUAAACAUGAGAGAUCGAUAUUCAUAUUUCCACAAACUCAUUCCACUCCUGCUGAGCAGCAUCAGCGAUGAGAUCCCAGAAAUCAGACUGUUAGCAGCUGAUUUGUGGAGACAAGCAGGCCUGCAGUGGGAGAAGGAAAAUGAGGAUGACAUAAAGGACAAAAUGGAUUUYCUUCUCAGCCCACCUCCUCACUAUCCACCUGGAGUGGAGCGUCCAGGACUGGGCUGCAGAGAACUGGUGGUUAGAAACCUAAGCAGACUAGUACCAGCUAUCGGCCACGAUGUGACCGACUGGCUGGUGCCGACCCGGGUCCGGACGUCCCAGCUUCUCUCCGUGCUGCUGCUGCACGCCGAGGACCACACCACGCAGCACCUGCAGCCUCUGCUGGCCUUGCUCUACCGGGCCUGUACUGACACAGAGAGGGACGUGGUGAACAACUGCCUGGCAGCUGCUAAGCUGAUCGGGACUUUUGUCCCCCCACCUGUCUUCCUGAAGCUGAUGCUUGAACAUGUGAUGACUCCGAGCUCUCCCUCCCACCCCUGGACCCCCCUCAUGGUUCUGGCUGCAGUCCUGGGAGGUGGCUCCAAACCGCUUCUAAAACCACAUCUCCAGCAGGUCGUAGACACCCUGGUGCAGCCUGAAAUCUGCCAGGAAUAUCAGCAGGUUACAUACUUGGAGCAGUUGUUGGCAUGUGUGGAUGUGCUGCUGCAUCAGUGUGAGUCUGACUGCAGCUCAACCAGCCUGCAGCUGCUGCAGGUGCUGGUCACCAUCCAGAGCCUCUCCACUGAUCCACAACUCAGUGCAAAAGCCUUGGAGAGCGUAAAUUUUUUGAGUAAGGUUCAGGGCUUGGACCUCUUGGAGCUCUAUAGGCGACAUAUGGGACAGUUGCUGGACUGGUUGUCUGCCUCUGUCAACACCUGGUCCAGCUACUCCCCACAGAGACUCCAGCUGCAUAUUGUCCUCACACAGUCAGGUCCAGUUAUUGGGGAGUUUUUGAGCCAGSUGAUGCCUCUGCUCUAUAACUGCCUCCAGCCAAACAGAGACAUGGAAAUGAGGAUGAGCGUUUUCACGAUGCUCKCCAAGCUGCUGCUGGAUGCAAAAAACACACUGGAUUCCCAGGGGCAUUUCUGCGAYGAGUCGGAGAAGUUCCUGCGGAACGUUCUCCUCUCUAACCUGGUGUGGCACGCGGGCCGCACCGCCGCCGCCGUCAGAACCUCGGCCCUGAGCUGUCUKCUGGCCCUGCUGCACGGAGGGGCUGUUACACCUGGACAGGUGGGCAAACACACAAACACAGAAGAAUCGACAUUAUAACGCCAUGAUUUCAUU